CACACCGUGGCGUUGUUGUAAUGUCUAGACUGAAACACAGACAAGGUUGUCUUCAAUGUUUCGUUUAAUGAGAAAGAAACUUUAUUGGGCACUGGAUUUUAUAUUUCUUUAGCGGUUGAACUACAACUAUUCCUUUCACCAAGUCAACUGACCUUCCGAAAGUAAACAUUUAAAAUAAAAAAUAAUAAUGUAAAGGAAGCUUCAUAGAAGUGUGUAAAAUUGAGCAAUUAGUUGUUUUUUUUUUUUAAAUUUAGCAAUCCAACACCAGCAACAGAAUUGAUAGUACACAUUAGUAGGUAAAUAUAGAUAGACCUUACUGCGACUAAAAUGCAUUUUCGAAAAAUGUGCAAAAAGAUUAAAAUCAAUUCAAAAUUUUUAUGUAAGCGCGCGAAUGAUAACAAGUCGGCAAACAUCAAAUAAAUAUUAAUGAAAACUGUUUAAGGAGAAACAUCAGAGGAUACAAAUAUGACUGCCACAAUGGCCGACUUGGACCCCUACACUGAAAUAAAUUUUGUUGUUGUUUCCACCGAAUCCAUGGUAAAAUUAAGAACUGUACCAACAAUUUUCAACCGAAUGCAAAAUUCUGUUAAUUGUACUGAAACAUUGUCAAUAUUACCAUGCGUGAAGUACCAUUGACUAAAAACAUUCUUGAUGUUACUAUUUUGACAUUGUAUUUUAGACCAUGUUUAUCUAAGACGCGCAACAUUCAAGUCUACAUGGUCGAAAUUACAAUGCCCAAAUAGUAGAACCAAGAAUGUUUAUAGUCAACAGUAAUACACGCAUGGUAAUAUUGACAAUGUUUCAGUACAAUUAACAGAAUUUUGCAUUCGGUUGAAAAUUGUUGGUACAGUUCUUAAUUCUACCAUGGAUUCGGUGGAAACGACAACAAAAUUUAUUUCAGUGUACUCACGUUUUCAAGAGCACCAAUCUUUGAAAUCGUAAACAAAUGCGCUCGAUUUGGAAAAGCUGCCUGGUUUGGUGGUUAGAACACAAGACUAUCACGCCGAGGACCUGGGAUCGAAUCUCACUCUCGACAUACUCACAUAAUGUGAGUUCUUCCUUCGGAAGGGAAGUAAAGCGUGGGUCCCGAAAUGAACUAGCCUAGGGUUAAAAAUCUCGUUAAUACAGACAAAAAAAUGCCUCUUUUUGCAAGUGAGCAAAGCCAAGAUAAACAAGUGCAGCUUGGUUCGAUGUUUCGUUCGUCAGAUUUGUACCUCUAAAGUUAGUAUGGAAAAUUGCAAUGGGAUUUCUUGAUAUUCCACCUUAAAGCGAUGUGGGGCGCCAUCACAAAUCAUCAAUCAUUGUCCUCAAACUUUGCAGAUGCAAAUCUCAGGCUCUGCUGGCUGUAUGAAAUGGUUUGAAAAAUUGAUCGUUCUCCCUUCCCAUUCAUUUCCAGUUUCCUGAGGGGAGUACCUGAGGGUACAGUUGGAUUAACGUCUGUAACGUUUAAGUUUGAUUUGGGCCCGUAUCACUAUUAUUCGUUCAAGAUAGAAUAAAAGAGUUAUAAGAAACUAUGAAAAACAACACAAAUGAGUUCACCAUCUCGCUCCGUGCAAUUUCGAGCGCUAACGGCCAAUUCGAAUCACCCCAAGCAAUUAUACCGACAAUCGCUCCAGUCCGACAACCAAACAGCUGUCAUUCGUAGUUUGCUUCCCACAGAGCGGACCGCACACACACAUUCUCGCUCAAGCCUUAGUCAGCGGGAGGCAAAAAAAGAAGUCCCGUUGGAGUGAACUGGCAAACGGCUCAUUCCGAACCGACCGCCAUCGUGAAAAGUGUGUUAAAAAGAACGCGCCGCGAGUGAAAAGUUUUUGGGUCCUACGGAAGUGGGAGCAACGAGAGCAUUUAAAAGGAAGGAUACCGUUUCCCAGCUCAGCAAGGGCAUUCCCGUUAAGGUGUAGAUUGCUCUCCACGUCAAAAGCACGUCCGCGAAAAGGACGCGUCGAGUCGCGCAGAACCACGUGCGAAGAUCCAUCAGGGAACCGGUUUGGUUAGGCCUGGCUGGGACCGCAGGAAGCCGUGCUCCUCAGAGCAGUAUUGCAUCAAGAAAACGGUCGGGGUUCGACGAACCGACGCUGGCUGAUUCGAACGGAGCAAGGCUCGAUCCACAAGGCGAUCACAACGAGGUUAGGAUCGGCGUCCAAAAGCAGAUCCCAUCCGAUAUCGUCGUCCGGAAGCUGUGGCCGCACAAGUAACACUUUCAGAAAGCGUACUUCCGUGAAGGAAACGGGCCUCCUCGACAGAGUUAGUUCCGUGGACUGAAUACUAGGCGGUCAAAAGUCGGCAUCCGUUGGCGGAGAUUACGCGGAGACACAAGCGCGUCCAGAAACGAGUCCUUUUGUGCUUUCCAGACAGAGCGACAGCGAUCGGAACGGCGGUGUAGGAGAGGACGUUUCUUGGAUCGGAGUCGUGACAGGGCGAAUGUUCAUCGGUGAGUACGACCCCGUUCGGAAAGGCGAAGUAUAAGCAAGCUAAUCUUACAUUGCCCUCAGACUAAUCACGAGAGCGGUCAGAUCUGAGACGCAAUAAUCGUCAGUUGGAACACUACACGAUCAUCGGCCGCUGCCCGCCCGGACCUAGGCGGCGAAUCGGCACGAAAUCGGUCAAUACGGUACCUUCCUGGACGAGAUAGGAAGAUCCACGGUCACGUCAGCGUCAACCAAAUCAACGCAACGGAAAACCCCUUUUAAGGGUAAGACAUCCAUUUCCAAGAUUGUCGGUCGGAGCAAAACCUAACUUUCCGUACGACAGGGUUUUUCUUAUUGACUGUCUUUCAGCUUCGACGUAGCCGCGACAGACCGAGUUCGUACCUCUGGAUCGAUCGCCGGAUUCGAACGUCCAAAGCAGAUUCCGAACCUGGUCGACACCAGGGGUCAGCCUGAAAUCAGCAUGAGCGGACGAGCGACGGAUCGUCCCACUGCCGAAGGGGCGCGUAAAUUGUCGGGAUUCGAUGCGGCCAGAAGAUACUAGUUCCGGUGCCGUGAGUACCCGUUAUUAGGCUUAAGCGAAAAUGAAUAUGUUUAGCACCUAAGAAAAUCAAUCAAAGGCCUUUGAGGGUAGGAAGUUUAGGAAGGAGGAGUGCAAAGAUGUUUGGCAAUACAGAUUGUUAAAAUGAACUACACGUUUUGUGAUUUCGUUGGUGUCUUGGCCCUUUAGUGUCUGCUUUGUGUUUCGCUUCGGUGGUUUUCGCUCUACCCCUACCGGGAAACUUGCAACACUGGCGCCCAACUGAAAAUCCACAUUUAAACUACCGUUUAGCGAUUUUUUGGUUUGUGAUCAAAAUUUUUUGGUUUUGUGCUUUUUGGUUAUCCGGCCUACGAUAACCAAUAUAAUAUUAACCCUUACGCAUUAAAUUCGAAAUAAAAAUGGACUUUACCCAUUUGACUGAUGAAGAAGUAAACUACGAGUUGGCUUUACGCCACGUAGUAAACCUUGGACCCACUACACAUAGAGGCAAGGUUCUUCGCCUCAAGGCCCUAAUACAAGAAGAGUCCUUGAGAGAUAGUAAGCCUACUAGCUCAGACCAUGUCAUGAGCACACAAUCCAACCUAGAGCAAUGUGAAUCUCAAGUUCACCAGCUGCACAUUGGCGCAGAAGCGGCCAUCCGCACAGCCGAUAGCGUAGCUUUAAACCAAAUACGAACACGUCUUUACCACUAUCGUGAUCGAUUACUGUUGAUCCGUCCUCCAAACGAACUGCGGGAAACUCACGCAAUGCUGUCAGUGCAUGUCGACGUGCUUCUAAAUAAAGUGAACGGGACAAGUGUAGUGAACGGUGUGCCAAGAAGUGAAAGUGUAGUCAGUCAAGCAACGUCAACCGGAGCCAUACGAAGGAACAACGGUGGAGAGGAAGGAGCAGUAGGUGGCGAAACGGACGCCACGAUUCCAGUGGGCGACGCUUCCAGGCAAGAAACCACACCACCACCAGUGACGUCUUUCUCCGGUGGACAAGGACGAGGAUUGCUGUUCUCUAGUUCAUUCCGAGCGCUAGACAACGAAUACGCAGGGGAGACACAGCCUAGACAACGGAACACCUCACCACCGCCUCCCUAUCUUCCCCGGGAGCGAGAAACAUGGAACCGUCCAGCCCCAGAAGCACAGUUACGAGAAGUUCAGGAGCUGCAAGCGAGAAUAGCGGAGAUGCAGGAAAGAGAACAGCGGACGCGUGAAGAAAACUAUCGAAUGCGAGACGACCUGGAGCGGCUAAUCCGGCGAGAUCGACCAGCACCGGAACGAGCGGACGAUCGCCGAAUACAGAAGGCGGUGCACAACUGGCCUUUCAAGUUUCGCGGCGAGAAGGACACUACAUCACUCAACGUGUUUCUAGAUCGCGUGGAGACAUUCGCGAGGUCGGAAGGCAUGAGCGACGCCACACUCCUGAGUUCGAUCAAGCAUCUACUCCAGGAGGACGCAAUCGACUGGUACUCACGAGCAACGUCGCAGAACCUGUUGCGGACUUGGGACCAGUUCAAGCGGGAGAUCAGAAGGGAAUUCCUGCCGAGCGGAUACUCCCAAAUUCUGCGUCUGGAAGCCAGCUUUCGAUUUCAAGGAAGGGAGGAAUCCUUUGCGAAGUUCUACCGAGAUAUUUCAGCGCUUUUCCGCUUUGUCGAUCCACCAAUUCCAGACGACGAAAAGUUCUUUCUGGUGAAGAAGAACAUGAACGAGAACUACGCAGCCAUCGUCACAGCAGCGAGGCCUCGUUCACUGGAAGAAAUGGUGGAAGUCUGCACCGGAUACGACGAGACGAGGAUGCUUCUGAACAGGCAGCGCAGGAUUCCCAUUCCGCACAGCGCGCUUCUGGAACCGAACUUCGCUACGCCAGUAGUAACCAGCAGACCACCACCGGUUCAGCAUCACCAACAGUCACAGCGGUUCAACAGAGUUCACGCCGUGGAGGUGGAAGAAGGCGCAUUCGAGCACGAAGCAGCGGAGGUAGGACCAGAAGACAAUUGGCAGCACAACAUCGACGAACUGAUGGAGCAAGUCAACGCGUUGAAGUUGAACAUUGAGCGGAGAUCUGCGAGACCAAGCUUUGCCGCACGCGACGAAAGGCAGCCAAGGCCAACGGAUAGGUACAACCGGACAGAGGCUGACGUCCUGCGAGUAGCGCGGCAGUACACAAGAGAGGCGCAAACCGCGGCACAGCAGCAGCGGUCGCAAACCGCAUCAUACCAGACUCGGCUACCACAACAACAGCAAGAACAGCCGCUAAGAGCACAGGGCUGGCAAGCACGACAGUGGAUGCCAAGCUCGGAUCAGAGCGACAAUAACCAAAGAACUCAACGUCUGCUGCCAGAACCAGCCAGGCAACGGGAAGAUCGCCAGAUACAACAGGAAGAAGCUACGAACGGCCAACGAAUAGCAAUGCUUUGCUGGAACUGCGACGAGGAGGGUCACAGGUUCAUGGACUGUCCGAAGCCGCAAGCCAUCCUAUUCUGCUACCGUUGUGGAAGGAAAGGCUACUCGUUGCGCAGUUGCUUCACGUGCCGCAUGGACGCGGUAAACUACCAAGCGGAGAACCAGCAGUAGAG